AUGGCUGGGCUGUUGCGGCCCAGAGGGGAUGAACUGGCUGUUGAAAACACAGCGCGUGCGGCUGACGUUGUGUUGUCUCAGUGUUAUGACCUCGAGAUAGCCGUUUCUCUCGCUGCAUCUACAGUAGCAUCAACAUCAGAUCACCUCGCACUCCAUCUCCCACCGGCUUCUCUAAGCCACUCCAAGCCACUCCACUCCCCCAAUAUGAUAAUCUCACGCCUCCUCUCCAUCGGCCUGCGCAUCGCCCAGUUCGUCUUCGCAGCCAUCGUCCUCGGCCUAACCGUCGACUUCCUCUACGAGCGCACACGCUACAGCGUCGGUCCCUCAGGCCGCACAAUCUUCUCCAUCAUCUAGUCCUCGCUUUCGGUUCUGUUCUCCAUCGUCUGGACGAUUCCCUCUAUGACGGGUUACGUGCUGCAUACAUUCCCUACUCCCAUCCCAUAGCAUCAUAUCACAUUAUAUCACAUCCUCAACAUACGCCAAC